AUGUCCGAAUCACCGAGGUCAGAAAAGUACAUGUGCCUGACUAGGUUCAGCACUCCGGUCCCUGAGCUGGACGACCAUAGAUUCCAAUUGGAUCACCCUCGCCUCGAUGCGGCGCCAGAUGCCCCGCUUAGUCGCCAGAACACCGCCCAACAAGGCCUAACUUCGGAAACCCCCCAGCGCCAAGACAUGCUCCAUGUGCAGGAUGCGCUUCGAGAAGCGGGCUCCUUCUCCCGCGAUUUUGAGCAGGCCGUUGUGGACGACGACAGAUCGGUCAAGGACAUUAGUGGGCUGGGGCGGCGUUUCUCGAUCGAUCCCGCCGGGAACGUCCGCCAUGCUCGUACCUUUAGUCGAACACACCAGGAUUUGGCAAACAUAUCGAGGGAGUCGUCGGUUUCCGCCAGGUCAACGUCUCCGCCUAACUCGGUCGAAGCUUUCGCAGACCCACGUCGGCGGGAGCGUGCGAAUACUUUGGAAAGCCAUGCCCCGCCAGAUCUGGAGGCCAUUCUCCAGCGCACGGUCUCUGGCGGUACGCAUCCACGCCGGCCGACUUUUAGCAACGCGGAUGCCAUUAGACCCCAGCCGGGUGAUCUUCAAUUGGAGUCGACCGAUGAUACAUGCGUUCCGUCGUUUGAGCAACCGGGGCGCAUUCCCGUCAUUGAUUAUGAAGAACUGGAAGAGUUCGUGGCAUUGAAUCAAAAAUCGAAGCCAGCGACCGCCAGUCGCAAGCACAGCUUGAGCUCCCAGAGCCGCCAACCACGCGUUUUCUACGAUCUUCGCCCCGGGGCCCAGAAGCCCGAUGUGGACGACAUGAAGCGUUCAUCCAGCGUCGAACGUUCCUCUGAUGACGUGACGGACUCCAACCUAAAGGAGAGCGCGCUUGAGUCCGGGGAAGAAAUGAACGAGAAACAAUUGCUCGAGAACCUCAAAAAUGAGAAUGAGCCUUCCAGAUUCGGAUUCUUUUCGUCCGAGUCUCAGAGCACCGUGCAUGCUGCAGAACUCGGCGAUCUCGUACUACCCGGAGACACAUUCCGGGAUCUCUUUCAGCUGGGCCCCGAUGGCGGUGUCUGGUGGCUCGACGUCCUGAAUCCGACCGAAGCCGAAGUUGGGGCUCUCUCGCGGGCCUUCUCGAUUCAUCCUUUGACCACCGAGGAUAUUCUGACCCAGGAAGCCCGUGAGAAGGUAGAGUUGUUCAAACAGUACUAUUUCGUCUGUUUCCGGACUUUCUACCAGCUGGACAAGACCAGCGAGGAAUUUAUGGAGCCCGUCAACUUUUACAUGAUCGUCUUCCGUGACGGGGUGCUAUCAUUCUCCUUUACGGACAACCCGCAUGCGUCCAACGUCCGGAAGAGAAUCGGCAAACUUCGUGACUACGUGUCUCUCAGUAGUGACUGGAUCUGCUACGCCAUGAUUGACGACAUUGUGGAUAGUUUUGGUCCCGUGAUCCGCGAGAUCGAAGUCGAGUCCGAGGCCAUUGAAGAUCUAGUCUUCAUCGCGCGCAUGGACGACUUCGAGUCUUUCUUGCCGAGAAUCGGCGGUCUUCGCAAAAAAGUCAUGAGUUUGAUGCGCCUGUUAGGCGGUAAGGCGGACGUCAUCCGAGGAUUUUCCAAACGGUGCAAUGAGCAGUACUCGGUGACGCCGCGUGGUGACAUCGGUCUCUACCUUGGUGACAUUCAGGAUCACGUAGUGACCAUGAUGUCGAACUUGGCGCAUUUCGAGAAAAUGCUUAGCCGCUCACAUACCAACUAUUUGGCGCAGCUGAACGUGACCAACCUCGUGCUUGGAAACCACGUGAACAAGGUUCUCAGCAAGGUCACGCUUAUCGCCACGAUGCUGGUCCCCAUGAAUCUAAUCUGUGGCCUGUUCGGAAUGAACGUGAACGUCCCAGGGCAGAAUGCCACCGGCCUCGGCUGGUUUUUCGGCAUUCUCGGGGUGAUUGCAGCCGUGGUGGUUAUCAGCGGCGUGGCUGCCCGCUUUUACCGACUCGUUUAG